AUGAUCUGUUUCCUCCUCUCUGACUUCAACCCCAUUCAGCUUUUUGGGAAGACAAGAGAGGUGACAGCCAAAUCCCACACACCAACGCACAGAAGACUUUCCCUGGGCAGGGCAACUGCCAACGACACUGGUAUCAGCCACUCACUCUUCAUUCUGCUAGGUAUCCCUGGCUUGGAAGACCAGCACCCAGUGGCCUCUCUCCUCUUCUUUAUUUCCUACCUUGUUGCUCUCCUUGGGAAUAGCCUCCUCAUCUUUAUCAUCAUCACUGAACGCAGCCUCCAUGAACCCAUGUACCUGUUCCUCUGCAUGCUGGCUGUGACUGACCUCAUCCUGUCUACUACCACUGUGCCCAAGGCCCUAGCUAUAUUCUGGUUCCAUGCUGGGGCGAUGUCCCUUGAUGGCUGUGUCACCCAAAUCUUCGUCAUCCAUGCUACCUUCAUCACUGAAUCAGGAAUUGUGUUGGCGAUGGCAUUUGACUGGUAUGUGGCCAUCUGUGACCCACUGCACUAUACUGCAGUGCUCAGUCAUGCAGUAAUCAUAAAGAUUGGCUUGGCUGUGGGCCUGAGAAGCUUCUGUGUGAUACUUCCAGAUGUGUUUCUGGUAAAGCGCCUGCCUUUCUGUUGUAGCAAUCUGCUGCCACAUACCUACUGUGAGCACAUAGCUGUUGCCAAGUUUGCUUGUGCUGAUAUUCAUGUCAGUGUUUGGUAUGGCUUGUCUGUCCUUCUCUCUACUGUAGUGCUAAAUGCCUUGCUCUUCUUAGUUUCCUACAGUGUCAUCCUGGUCAUUUUCAUGUUCUACUUGCCUGGUAUUUUUACUAUAAUUACCCAAUGGUUUGGGCACCAUGUGCUUCUCCACACACACAUUCUGUUGCCCAAUGGCUGCAUGUUGGCCCCUCCUGUGCUGAAUCCCAUCAUUUAUGGGAUCAAGACCAGGCAGAUUCAAGAGUGUGUGCUCAGUACUUUGUCUUCACAAUGGAAAUAG